GUGAACGGUGCUGACGUGGUGAAGGUGGGUCACCGGCAGGUCGUCUCUCUGAUCCGUCAGGGAGGAAGUCGUCUGCUGAUGAAAGUCGUCUCUGUUUCCAGAAAAUCAGAAACCAACAUGGUCAGAAAGAAAGCCCCGCCCCCUCCAAAACGAGCCCCCAGCACCUCGCUGACACUCCGAUCCAAGUCCAUGACCGCUGACCUGGAGGAGAUAGCCAGGAGGAGACGCAUCGAGAAACUGGACGAGAUGUUGGCCGUGGGUCAGCAGGAGGUCGUUUUGAGGGCACGCCCGUCGGACGACUUCAGAGCAGCGACGGUAAAACAGAGGCCGACGAGCCGCAGGAUCACACAGGCUGAGAUCAACUCUUUGUUUGAGCGUCAAGGUCUGGUCCCCCCCUCGGCUCCAGAAAAAAGCACCAUGGCGUUACCAAGAGGAAUGUCCAGAACCAAAAGCUUUGGCACACCUGACGACGACAGGAUCACAGCUCUGAUCAACGAGAGUCGGUUUCCAAGGAGCUCCUCGCUGACGGACAGCUUCAUUCCUCCUCCCCCUCAGACAGCUCCGCCCCCUCCUCCCUCUGCCUCCUCCACCUCCACAAUCUUUCUCCUUGACUCUGGCCCUCCCCCUUCCUUCCUUCCCCCUCCUCCUCCUGCUAGAGGGGAGGGCCUAACUCGCUCCAGCUUUAAGCCGGGGACGGAGCCAAGGCUCCAGGAGCUCUCCGAUGCACCGGCGAGGAGCCACGCCCAUGCAGAGCGGCAGAGGAAGGCGAGGUCAAUGAUCAUCCUGCAGGAUAUGCCGCCUCAGCUGCAGUCUGAAGCACACAGCUCCACGCACACGCUGCACACUGCCACGCAUACCGCCACGCACACGCUUCACACCGCCACACACACCUCAACCCUGUCCCUCCACAGCACCAGCCCGGCCCUCGGUCACUCUCCACUGUCACGCCGCCGGGGAAGACCAAUAGAAAACCCCUACGCUAAUGUGGGACAGCAGGCUCCACCCUCCAAGCCACAGAGGAGGAAGUCACCUUUGUUGAAGCAGCUUCCAGUCGAGGAGCAGGGACUCGGAAUGAAAGAUCACGAUCCAACAAAGUUAGACAUACCCGGCAGCCCCAGUAGGGCCGAGUUGUACCAGCAGCAGGUUCUGUCAGAGCGGGCUCGGGUUCAGGGCCGCAGGUCAUCUCUCUUCCUGUCUGUGGAGGGUUCUGGGUCCGAAAACCAGGUGCCACCUCUUUUGACUCAGAGCCACUCAAUGGACGACCUCGGAGAGCUUCCCCCACCGGCCCCGGUCCUGUCGCCCUCACCGACACCUCACACCUUCCUCCAUCCGCUGACAGGGAAACCUCUAGACCCUUCAUCUCCACUCGCCCUGGCUCUUGCUGCAAGAGAACGAGCACUCACUGCUCGCACACCGAGCCCAGAGCCUCGGCUAAAACAUGUUUCUGCUUCCACUACACCUAUCCCCACCCCAGCUGCAAGCCCAGAGGGUAGACACAAGCGCACCCCUAUUCCCACCCCACAGAGCAGCCCUGAGCCAAGAUCCAAACGCACCACCCCUCAGACAAGCCCUGAGCAGCGUUCCAAGCGAGCCACUCCUGUGACAAGUCCUGAGAUGAGGCAUAAACGCAUAACCCCGCCCUUAUUCCCUGACGGACAGGUGGAGCGUCCAGAAACAGAGGGAGGGGUGACAUCACCUGCUGCCCCCUCCCCUGAGCGCUGGAGACCAACCCCCUUGCCAACCCUGGCAAAUGAGACUCACCCUUCUCUGAUUGACAGGAGGCGAAGUCUCACAGUGGGUAGCUCAGAGGAAGAAGGCGGGGCUUACACAGUGACACUCCCCCCAGCGUUGUUGUCGUCCAGUGAUGAAGAGACAAGGGAGGAGCUCCGUAGAAUCGGCCUAGUAGCGCCACCCCCUGCGUUUGCCAGCAUUCCUGCCCCUCCACCCCCCUGCUCACUCACCUUGUUUCAGCGGCGGGGUGGAGAAGGAGGAGGGGAGGGUCCUGACUCCCUGAGUAGACGAGUAGAAGAAGAGGAAGGCAGUGAAGAACGGCUCCUUGAAAGCACCUCCCCCAGCUCGCUUCCCCCCUCCAUUACCUUGGCCUCCCCUCCAGCUCCAUCCUCUCCCACCAGCCCUCCUGCGGCACAACCUUCCCCUUCUUCUCCUGCCACCUCCCCAAUUGCUCUGAAGCCCCGCCUUCGUUCACCUAUAGGUCGAGGGCGCUCUGCACUAAGGGAUCCGCUGCUGAAGCAAUCAUCGGACAGUGAGCUCCUCCCAUUAGCCGCGUCCUUUUCAUCGCCCUCCUCCCCCCUCUGUUCCUCCCCAACCAGCAGACAGCCGCGCUAUCUGUUCCAGAGGAGGUCCAAGUUGUGGGGCGGUGGGGAUGAUCGUGGGGAUGAGCGGCGAGGCCUCAGCCCAGAGGAAGGGGGAGGUCGUCCAGCUGCACUUGGCGGUCAGGGGUCGGGGUCAGCUGUAGAUCUUUCUAACAGGUCGGCAUCAGCUCUGGAGUUGAGCGGCAGGGCGGGGUCAGGAUUGGAUCUUGCUAAUCGACUGCAGUUGCUCAACAAAGACAGUCACUCUCUUGGGGAGGAGCCGAGUCCCCUCGAUCCAGGUCGGAGGUCACCAGUAGGAGGUGCCAGGUUGUUCUCCAGUCUUGGUGAACUCCACACUAUCUCCCAGCGAGGAUACGGGGCCAGCUACACGGUUCGACCAGGAAGCCGCUACCCUGUCACUCGCCGGAGUCCCUCCCCUUCUCCCUCCCCAUCUGAUAGGCCAUUGGGGCAUACUUCCUCCGGUUCUGAAAGGCCUGACCUGAGCUCGGGUAGAGCUUUAACCAUCUUGAAGUCGUCCAGUCUAAGUCUCCCCUCAGAACCGAAGGAAGUUCGUUUUGUGAUGCGAAGUGCCAGCGCAAGAACCAGGUCCCGUUCACCCUCGCCUUCACCCCACGCCUCUCCUUGCCCCUCCCCAGUCCUCAGCGGGCCCCUGUUGGCCCUUCGGCCAUGGAGGCAGCGGCCCCUCAACUUGUGGAAUAAAUAUGAUGUGGGUGAUUGGCUCGAGAGUGUUGGCCUAGCCGAACACCGCCAGCGCUUCCAGGAGCACGAGAUCGAAGGCUCCCAUCUUCCCGCCCUCACCAAAGACGACUACGUGGAGCUUGGCGUCACCAGACUGGGACAUCGGAUCAACAUCGAGAGGGCACUCAGACAGCUUAUGGAUGGUUCCACUUGACCCCUCACCUCUGGACAUCCUGAACUGUGAUGUCAUAACACUAGGCCAUCUCUUUGACUAGGAUAUCUUAGCAGUGACUCAAUCUUUAGACCUUUUUACCAACACGGAGCCAAGCUCUCUGAGUGACAUUUUGUCUUAUCAGCUCUUUGAUCAAACAAAACGAACUUGUAGCACCAAGGUCUGAAUCCAGGUUUAAGUUCUGGAUUUGAUUUAGACCUCCGAAAUAUAGUUUAGCCUCUGUUUAAGUCAACUCUAAUGGGCAAUUUAGAGUUAUCUUGGUUGCUGCUUACAGAACACUGGCUGGCUCAUACCAAUGUCAUUUUGGCUGAUUUUUACUUUGUCUUGGAUCACCAAUGAUCCAACAGUGUUUUCUUUGUGGUUAAAAGCCUUUUAGUAUGAAGGACUUUAAUUUAAAACAAACGUUAAAUUCUAAAAAUUCCCAGAGAAUAUCCAUCAAAGACUGCACUGCACUUGUUGCCCACCCUGUUUUGCACCAACAUUUUGAAGAGCCCCCAAAAUACAAAACCUAGGGUUCAUUUACUGUAGGGAUCAAAGGGAUCAAUGGUGGAAAAGUCAAAUCUGUGCAUCUCUGAAUUCACGUUAGCUUGGUUCGUACAAGUCGGAGGAACUCCAGAUGGCUUUGUUAGCCCCAAAUUUGUGUAACUAAUGGCAAAAUGGUUUAAAAGUGAUUGAUGCUGGCAAUUGCGUCAUGAUUAAAAUCCACUAUUGACUCUGAUUUUACGAUCACUGCUCUAAUACCCAGUGACUUCAACUAUCGAGUCCCAUUUGAAAAGUUGGAAAAAGAAAGUUUCUGGCAACGGAGUAAUGGACUAUUUGAGCCUUACUGACUCUCUAAUGGAUAACACAUUAAAAUGUUAGCAGCUGCUAAGGUUAGCAAGCUAGCAAUAUACCAUUCUCUGUGUAGGCUGGCCUGGAUCAUCAGAACAUGUAAGGAUUGUCAGAGUCUUAUUUAAUGUUGCAGAUCAUGUGAAAGCAAGCUUAUAACGAGCUAGCUUAGAACAUCAACACAGUGCUCUACUUGCUAAACAGCAUGCUAAGCUAAUUUCAGCUGGACUGCACUUCUAAUCUAAAGACGUGACAGGAUAUUGAUCAAAGAGCUGAUCUGACAAACAAAUAUAAUCACACGGGUUCUUCUCCUCGUGCCAUUCUGCUUCCCCAGACAAGUUUACCGGGUCUUUAACUAGCGGAGCUGAACGAUUAGCGAGCUAAUUUACAACAGGACAUAAGCUGAGGGUGUUUCUCCGUCCUCGUAAAGAAAAAAUGUUCUUGUGACUCAACAUUUUUUUUCUCCAAAUAUGGCUCAUGAAGAUUUUGUGUUUAUUUCUUAAUACGGAUCAUUUAGAAUUUAUGAAUAACAAGUAAUAAUAAUGUGGUGGUGAUGACUUACAGAGUUUCUAAUAGUUUGGAUAAUGAUUUUGAGUUCCUUAUGAUUUGACAAUGAGUUGAAUUUCAAAGGUUGUUUCAGUGAUGUUUUGGAAUUCAUAAUGAUUUGUCAAUGAGUGUGACUUUGUGCUGAUGUGCUGUGUGUUUCAGGGAGAGCUGCAGAAGAGCUCCAACUGUAAACCUCUCUGGUUUCUAACCUGCUUAUCGAGGGCUUACUGUACAUGGUGCUAUCUGUUUAAAGCCAUCUGUACAGAGAAUACCUUCCUCCUUCCCCUCCUAUUCCUUCAUCACACUAACUCCUGACUCUCUUAGGUUAACCUCCAAAACGCUUAAAUCUACAGUGGUUUUUUUUCAAAAUUAUUGACUCCAGUUUGGCUCGGCCGUUAAUAUCUUGCAUUAAUUGUAACUCAACAGGAACAGGCCAUAUAUGGAGUUUCCUCCUUGCCAUAUUGGGGAUUUCUUCCCUGCCAUACGUGGAGUUUCCUCCAGACCCAAACCAGAUUAUGCCAGAGGCCAUAUAUCAAGUUUUUUAAAAAAUGGCAGUACAUGGCGUGUCCAAUAAACUGUUUCAAAUGUUCAUUAGUUUAACAAAUGUGUUAAACAGGGACAAAGCUUGUCACACAUAUUCGCUUUUGUGAAAAAUGUAUCCAUACUUACAAAGCCUCGUUGCAAGCUAACACGUACGUUUAUAUUGUAACUAUACUAGAUUUUGGCAAAGUAGAAUCAUGGAACACCAAUAACAGACCAGUUAGCAAUAACACACCAAUCCUAAUGAAUCAAAUUAAAUAAAAAAAUGAGACCUUGAAAAACAUUUAAUCGGAGGCUGUAUGCUAGCUGAAUUGCUAGCCUGCCAGCCAUGCUAGUCGACGCACUUUAGGCUAAUGGUGCGCUCCAUUUACCUCAGAAGUCGCAGUUGAGAAUGAGGUCACACCCGAGUUGACCACGUUCCAGUUACGAGUUGGUAAGAAGUCGGAAAAGCAACAUGGACGCCUCCAGGUGUACCUUUGUUCUGCUCAUACCAGCGAAAAUAACAAACUACUUGAUAGUUUAGGCGCACUUUACUUGAGCAGCCAUGUUGGAUUUUAAGCUCGGGUUACUGAGUUUGGACUUCAGGGCGAGAUCCUGACGACAUAUCCGACUGGCAUCUUCUGACUUCUGAGUUUAAAUGGAACGCUCAUUAAACCCUGCCAAGCUACACUACCUUCAAGCUAACUUUUACGUUAACAUAGGCAGUAACUCACCAGAUCUGAUAACACCGAUAACACAAGUGGUGGAUACAACUCUUUUUGUUUUUUUUAUCUGAGACAGAUGAGAAGAUGUACAGACACAGAUCCAGGGUGUGUUUAGCCUAGCUUAGCUUAGCACAAAGAAUCCUAGCCUAGCCUUAUUCUCAAAAGUGAAAGAAUACACCUUCCAACAGCAGUGCAGUAACACUAACCUGUAAUACCAUGUUAGCUAAGAAGCUAUUUUAAGAGGAGUCAGGUGAGGGUAAUGCUAACUGCUGCUAAUGCUAACUGCUGCUAGAAUCAUAAAGUGUCGAUUUUAUUUUGCUGGAUUUCAAUAGUUACAAAAGGGAAACCAACGUGAACACGAGGACUCCCUGAAUUCACUCAAAGGUGUAUUUCUUUCACUUUUUAAAUUUCAAACAUGUUUUAAGAAUUUUUAAAAACUUUCAACACUUUUUUAAAACCUGACAGUAAUUUUUACUUGACAUGACUACAUUACCUUUCUGACAUGUUCGUCCUUCCUUCUGAUUCCCUUUGAAGCACAAUCAACGAUACAGUGCCUGUUUCCACAUCAACAAAUCCCCUGCAUCCAGAGUUUUUUACGCCAUGUUCCUGAAAACAAGCCGAGCCACAAUCCUGAAUCCCAAAGUUGUACAAGUUUACGAUGCCCUUUCAUGCUUAAAAGUUCAAGAAUGUAAAGUCUAUGUACAGCACAUUACAGUAGACUUUAUAGUCUGUAUAAUAUAUAUUAUGGUAGAUUCAUGUAGCUAUAGUGUAUUAUAUAAAGUAUGGUAAACAAUAAAAUGUAUACAGUAAUAUUUUGCUAGACUGUAGUCUAUAAAUCUUUAUCUAUAUAGGUGAUAUUCAGCCUUUGUAAACAGCUACACAUCUUGUCUGGCCACACACACAGACUAAGAUAAAACAGUUCCAAGGAAAUGCAAUUUAACUGCAAAUCUGUCUCGAUGGUGAGAGGACAUGGUUCACCUCCAUCAGCAGUCGGUGCUGAUUCUCGUGUAAGGACGAGGACACUAGAUGACACAUUUAGAGGCUUGUGUGACUUUCAGACCAAAACAAUCACUCUCUCUGGACACACCUCCUUCAUCCCUCAGCCCCCCCUCCUCCCCUCCUGUUUCACCACCGAGUGUCUGUGAGACGGAGAGCAGCAGACAAAUGAUCAACAUCUGAAUACUUUCUGCGAUCAAUUUCAAGUAGCGAUAUAUAAAACUUAAAGACGCAUCUGUUUGUCUUUUUAGAACAAAGAUGGUUUGGAAAAAACAUGUAUGAAGCAUGCUGAGCCUCUGAGCGAAACAAAAACAAGCUAACGGAAACGCCGUCCUGUCGGUGUGAACACAGAGCUGAGAACAACAAAUGUAGAGGGAGUUUGACUUCACUCUCUUCUAAACACAAACUCUGUUUGAAUGUCUCACCUUCAAAUACCCGACUAAAGCUUCAUGAAAAUGUGUUAAUGUCAGAUUGUUGGUCUGGAAAAGUUAGGAUUGUUUUUAAAGUUCAACAGAAAGCUUUUCACGCUUUGCUAAAAACGUGAUUCUCUCAAAGCAGCUUGAACCUUUUAGGGCUGACGAGGGACUUUGACCACGAGCACAUUUCUACUAUUUGAACACAGAAAGAGGAAGUGGUGUGUGAGGAGGAAGUGCCUGUGUAGCUGUUUACACUGAGUGAAUAUGACAUCAUCAUCUGUAUGUAGUAUAUAUUAUAAAGGACUAUAGUCUACUGUACAGAGUCGUCCACAGAGAGACACCUGGGACGUCCGUCUCUCUGAAGUGUCAAAAUGAAAGCGACGUGAUGAAGAGGUCAAUCCACCUCUCAGCCUCCGACCUCAGGUCCCCCGCGGGGAAUCCCUUUCAUACAGACACGAGGUCAUUCAUGUGUUGGAUUUCUCAGCCAAUCAGAAAAAAACCAGCGACCUACUGCUAAAAUCGCCUUGGUGACAAGAAGUGAGGUGGACGGUGAUAUGGUGUUCACUGGAGAAAGUCUGACCUCGCCAGAUCGCGAAUGACUUACGAGUAAUUUUUUUCUAAGGAUACCUUCCCCGUUUAAAAAAAACCCCUGCCUACGUGUGAACCAGGACAAACAAGAGACAAACAGCCUCGAAUCCGGCCAAAAAGAAUCUAAAGUUUUGGAAACCUUAAUAUGUGUGGUUGCUGAUUUGUGUUGAAUAUAACUUUUAUGUAUUAUUUUACGAUAUUUUAUCGUAUUUUGUCACUACUUUUCCUGGAGGAAAUCCCUCGAGUGCUUCUUCGACUGUUCGCUAAUCUGAAACACAAGUCAGCGGUGUUAGCUGUGUGCUAACAGAGGCUAACAUGGCGACAAGAGAGAUGAUGGACUAAAGAGCCAAAAUGGCUGCCACUGCAUACCUGAUUAAAUUGUCGUGACUAACAUGCCUUCACCAUGGUAACGCCUCAGCUUCCUGCUGAUUGGCUGAGAAUCCUGUCUUUCUCACCUGCGUGUGUAAGCUUCCUCCUCCUGAUAUUCACCUGGUUAUAAUGGUUUUAUGGUUCCCCUCUUCCUCUUCCUCUUCCUCCUCCUCUUCCUCCUCUUCCUCCUCCUCUUCCUCCUCAUCCUCUUCCUCCUCC